AUGAUUGGUUUAGAGUCAUUGGAUCUGAGUUUCAACAAAUUAUCCGGAUCAAUUCCGGAGUCAUUGAAAGCAUUAGACUCUCUUGGGCAUUUGAAUUUAUCUUACAAUAACUCGAGUGGCAGGAUCCCAAGAGGACAUCAUUUUGAAACAUUGAGUGUGGAUGGUUCAGCCUUCUUUGGAAAUGAUUUGUUGUGUGGGGUUCCUACAAACAAGAGUUGCGAGGGUAGUAAUACUUCAGCAGAUAUUACAGAUGAAGAACAUCCAAGGGAGAUGCUAUUGUUUUACGGUAUUGUUGCUAUGGGGUUUGCAGUUGGGUUUGGAGGUUUAUUUUUUGUUUUGCUUCUCAAGAAAGAGAAGUGGUGGUUUGGGUAUUGGAGAGUUGUUGAUACUAUUGCAGCCAAAGUAACAGGUUGCAUAAUGAGAAAUCGAUAA